AUGGAUGAGAGGAACGAUGAAAGGAAUGAUGAAAUUAGUGAAAAUAAUGUAAGGACAUCUCCUAAAACAACAAGAAGAGUUGCCAGACAAGAAUGUGAACUUCUGGAGCAUCAAGUAGAAAUUCCUGAUUUUGAAGAUACAGGAAAUAAAUUUAGUUUCCGAAAAUUAUGGGCAUUUACUGGACCAGGUUUUUUAAUGAGUAUUGCCUACUUAGAUCCAGGUAAUAUUGAAUCAGAUCUUCAAUCAGGUGCAUUGGCAAAAUAUCGCCUUAUUUGGGUACUUCUUUUUGCUCAUAUAAUUGGAUUUCUUCUUCAAAGGUUAUCUGCUCGAUUAGGUGUUGUUGCUGGAAAACAUAUGGCAGAGAUGGCAUAUGAAUUUUAUCCUAAAUUUCCACGUAUUAUUUUAUGGAUAAUGAUUGAAAUUGCUAUUAUUGGAAGUGAUAUGCAAGAAGUAAUUGGAACAAGUAUCGCGAUAUAUUUAUUAUCACAUAAAGCAAUUCCAUUGUAUGGGGGCGUUUUAAUCACAAUUUUCGAUACGUUUACUUUUCUUUUUAUUGACAAUUAUGGUUUCCGGAAAUUAGAGUUUUUUUUUGGUUUUCUUAUUACUGUAAUGACAAUUACUUUUGGUUAUGAAUAUUUUUUAAACAUACCAAAUCAAAUAGAUUUAGCAAAAGGUUUAAUUCCAUUUUAUGACUCAUAUACUAGUAGUAUGAUUUUACAAAGUGUAUCAAUAAUCGGAGCUGUUAUAAUGCCUCAUAAUCUUUAUCUUCAUUCUGCAUUAGUUAGAAGUAGAAAAAUAGUUAGAGAUGUUAAAGAAAAGGUAACAGAAGCAAAUUUUUAUUAUUUUCUUGAAAGUGGUAUUGCUUUAACAGUAUCUUUUGUUAUAAAUUUAUUUGUUAUGACAGUAUUUGGUAAUGGUAUGUAUGAUAAAACAAAUAAUGAAAUAAGAGAAUUAUGUGAUAAGCAUGAUGUUCUUGAUCCAACAGUUUUUCCAAGAAAUAAUUUAACGGCAGAUGCAGACAUUUAUAAAGCUGGCAUAUUUUUAGCAUGUUCUUUUGGUCCAUUGGCUAUGUAUAUAUGGGCUAUUGGUAUUUUAGCAGCUGGGCAAAGUUCAACUAUGACUGGAACAUAUGCAGGACAAUUUGUAAUGGAAGGAUUUUUAAAUAUUACCUGGCCAAAAUGGAAAAGAGUAUUAAUUACAAGAUCUUUAGCUAUUAUUCCAACAUUAUUAGUAGCACUUAUUGCAAAAGAUAUAGAUAAUCUUACAGGAAUGAAUGAUAUAUUAAAUUGUAUUCAAAUGCUUCAAUUACCAUUUGCAUUAAUUCCAAUAAUUACAUUUACCUCACAUUCAAAAAUUAUGUUUGAAUAUAGAAAUGGAACAGCAUUUAAAGUUUUUUCUUUAAUAACUAGUGCAAUAGCUAUACUUAUAAAUUUAUCAUUUUUUACAAAUUAUACAAUUACUACUCUUGGUACAUCAUGGUAUGUAAUGGUUCCUUUUUGUAUUUUAGCAAUAUUAUAUUUAUGUUUUAUUUUUUAUCUUAACUUAGUUUGUCUUAUUUCAAUGGAUUUAAUUAAACAAGAAGUUUUACAAAAAUGGUUAAAGUAUGAAAAAUUAGAGGAUGACAUUGCACCAUGGGAGAAAAAAACAACUGAUGAGACAGAAACAUUAACAAGUGAUUAA